UACCAAACGGGCCGGCAUGUCACGUCUCUGCACAUAUUUACAUUUUAACAAAAAAGACAGACGACAAAGGGGGAGGGAUCAUAGCGAUAAAGCAGACCAUCAAUCAAAAGAUUUAUAGGCCAGACAUCCACAGCAAACGAAUCCCAGUGACAAACAUUGGCAGUAGAAUGGUCCGUACUAAAGAGCUCAGUGACUUUCAACGUGGCACCGUCAUAGGAUGUCACCUUUCCAACAAGUCAGUUCGUCAAAUUUCUGCCCUGCUAGAGCUGCCCCGGUCAACUGUAAGUGCUGUUAUUGUGAAGUGGAAACGUCUAGGAGCAACAACAGCGCAGCCGCGAAGUGGUAGGCCACACAAGCUCACAGAACUGGACCGCCGAGUGCUGAAGCAUGUAGCACGUACAAAUCGUCCAUCCUCUGUUGCAACACUCACAACUGAGUUCCAAACAGCCUCUGGAAGCAAGGUCAGCACAAGAACUGUUCGUCGGGAGCUUCGUGAAAUGGGUUUCCAUGGCCGAGCAGCCGCUCACAAGCCUAAGAUCACCAAGUCCGGCCUUCAAGCAGUGACUGUCGCUGACGAUAUCAAGGAAAAAGUAAAACUUGACUUACCUAAAGUCAAAGGUCAACUGCUCAUUUUCGGCGCCACCAACUGGGAUCUCAUCGGAAGGAAAGAGGUGCCAAAAGCACAAGCGGCCUUCAGGAACCUAGGCCAGAACUUGUGGGGUCCUCACCGCUAUGGCAGCCUGAGUGACGUGCAGGUCAGCAGUGUGGUGUCUGGGCCCUGUGCUGCCCACAGCCUCUUAAUCACCACUGAGGGCAAGCUCUGGAGCUGGGGUCGAAAUGAAAAGGGUCAGCUGGGUCACGGGGACACCAAACGCCUGGAGGCCCCAAAACUGAUUGAGGCCCUCGCAGACGAAGUGGUGGUGGCUGCAGCCUGUGGACGCAACCACACCCUGGCAUUGACAGAGGGUGGCACCGCCUACUCGUUUGGAGAGAACAAACUGGGCCAGCUGGGUCAGGGCAACCAAACAGAUGCAGUCCUCAGUCCAGCCCUGAUCCAGUACAAUGGGCAGCCCUUGGUCAAGGUGGCGUGUGGGGCAGAGUUCAGCAUGGUGGUGGACUGCAAAGGAAACCUCUACUCGUUCGGGUGCCCAGAGUAUGGCCAGCUAGUGCGGCACGUGCAGAAUUGGAUGGUGAGCUGUGCAUUGCAUGACGUGCUGUUUUUAUCAGGACACAACUCUGACGGCAAGUUCAUUGCCCGCGCCCAGCGCAUCGAGUUUGACUGUGAGACCAUUGCACGCCGCGUGGCCAUCUUCAUUGAGAAGAGUAAGGACGGCCAGGUGACGCCUGUACCUAACGUGGUGGUCCGAGACGUUGCCUGCGGAGGCAAUCACACGCUGAUAUUGGAUUCCCAGAAGCGGGUGUUUUCCUGGGGCUUUGGUGGUUAUGGACGGCUGGGUCACACGGAGCAGAAGGACGAGAUGGUGCCCAGACUGGUGAAGCUCUUCGACUUCCCCGGGCGCGGGGCAUCCCAAAUCUACACUGGCUAUCAGUGCUCCUUCGCUAUAAAUGAGAUGGGAGGGCUGUUUUUCUGGGGGGUCACCAAUACCUCGCGGGAGUCUACCAUGUACCCCAAGGCCGUGCAGGACCUGUGUGGCUGGAAGGUCCGCAGUCUGGCGUGCGGGAAAAGCAGUAUAGUUAUUGCUGCAGACGACAGCACCAUCAGCUGGGGACCCUCCCCCACCUUUGGAGAACUGGGAUACGGAGACAACAAGGCCAAGUCCUCCACUACUGCUCAGGAGGUGAAGACCCUGGAUGGAGUUUACACUGAACAGGUGGUGAUGGGAUACGCACACUGCCUGGUCAUCGCCAGACAGGAUACUCCACAGGAACAAGACAAGCUCAAGAAGCUGCCAGAGUACAACCCAGGCCCCCUCUGAUGGGGCACCAUCCAGCCACCUUACCAUUUGUCAACAGAUUCUCUCCAGAAUGCAUCUCCCCUUUAGUUCACCUUUGUAAGGCUUGAUGGAUGGCUGGGGUUCUUGUAUGUAUGCGAACACAAACAAGUCAGUUCUUUUUGUGUUUGUUCCCAAAGACCAAUUACAUUUUCUUUGUUCAUGAA